AUGAACGAUGUUGGCGACAGAGAUAUAUACUCACAAGUUGCACGGCUCUUUGGCUCGAGCCCACUCAGCUUGCCAAUAUCCUCCCCACUCCGACCUCUUCACCCCUCCGAGUACAAAAACUCAUCACCCAUUGGCCGCGGGAAUCAGUACCGCACGGUUGCAGAUGUAGGGAUACUUCAUCCCACCAGCCAUCAAGGCCUUCUACCUGCUCUGCCCACUAUCCUUGAAGAGGCCGAAGCAGAUUCUGAUGAUGGCCGUGGAGAUUCAGAGGCGAGCAGCCAUGCAGACAACAAGGAGAACCUGCCGGAGCUCGACAUCAGUGCUCUGCAGAAUGUGCUACAGUAUAUUGAAUCUCGUGGACUCACUUGGAGCGAUGUCGUCAAGUAUAUCUCUGAUCCCAAGUACAAGCAGGGUGCAUCCCGGUAUUAUGGGUUCUUUAGAGACAGUGCUCGUGUCAAGCAGGUUUUGUCUUUCUGGACAUCUUGGCAGAACAGCACAAUGGGCAGAGAAGUGUUACAUGAGUGGACUCUCCAGUAUCUCUGCAAGAAGAUCAGUUUAGAAGGUCAAGCUUCGACUAAAGACAGAUUCCUUCAGUCGCGACUUCAGCCAAUUGAUGAGACCUUUAUUCAGGGCUUCAGCAUGCCAUCCAUAUAUACUCGCAUACAAGAACUCUGUCCCACCUCUUUGCAGCUGCGAGUUGCGUCCACCAUCCUGGAUCUGCUUGAGGAAUGCAGUCAGCUAAACAGCUGGAAGAAGCAUAUACUUGGCCUUUUUGCAUAUGCAUCAGGCGUAACUUCGCAGAUGAUCACUGUUUUGAAUACCUUGGGCAUCUGCAGCAGCUAUCUGACACUUACGGGGACACAGAAGCGAGCUGGAAAGCUGCUGUUCAAGCUUAGAUUGCAGGAUCACUUCUCUGUUAACAAUAUCCUCAAUCCAAUGAGAACAGUGACUGGUAUACCCCCUGCUUGCACCUUUAGAGAGUUGCAAUCAGAUGCCGAAACUGAUUUGGACUCUGAAGAUGAAGAUCUGCAAACUGACCAGCAUGAGCAUGGUUAA